CACGUGUUUAAUUAAUUAAACUGAUUUGUAGUUGGACUAAUGGAGAGAUGCAAUUAAAAAAAAUGUCUUAACAUUUCGAAACUAAAAUAAUACGAAAAAAUAACUUUUUUUCCUACAAUGAAAUUGCUUCUUACCUGCAUAGUUUUGCUCAAUGCCUGCCAGUUUUAUUUCAUUUCAGCGGCACCGACCGUGGAUACAGAGUGUCACAUGCUAAUGUUAACGAAUGGGAAAGUAAUAUGUAACGGUGAUGGAGUGUUUGCAAGGUUUGAGUGUGAUAGAGGCUACAGUUUAUAUGGAGAGGAGUCAUCCAUUUUUGCAGAGGGAGUUUGGAGCACUGGUGUACCGAGAUGUGUCAAGAGGGGAUGUAAGUUACCGAAAAAUAUCCCGCAUGUUAAAAUGACACAACUACCCAAAUACAACAAUGGUGUGGUUAAUAUGGAAUGUGACAUAGGAUUUAUCAGAGAAGGCCCACAACUACUUUAUUGUGACGGAGUUCGAUGGAGCGAUGACUUCCCUUCCUGCAAAACUUACUUCGGCGACCAAACAGGCUGCGACUUUGAAGACAAAAAUAUCUGUGGAUGGAUUCAGGACAACAGUGAGGUCUUAGACUGGGCCCGCAACAGUGGGCCGACACUUUCAACAGGAACUGGACCACUAACUGACCACACAACCGGUACCGCUAAAGGGCACUACAUGUACUUAGAAAAUGCAAGCCUACGUCACAGAAAGCAACUUGCCCGUCUCAUAUCUAUCCCAUACAACAGUAAACCAAACUUAGCCCUUGAGUUUUAUUAUCAUAUGUUCGGAGACAACAUAGGCAACUUGAGUGUGUACUUGAUGCCCACGCAAAUGAACCCUCUACAGUUAAACAUACAGCAUAGAAUCUUUUACAAAAGUGAAGCCCAGGGUCCUUCGUGGUUACGUGCGAAUGUUUUACUGCAAACACAGGAGAAACAGUUUCAGUUGGUGUUCGAGGCUACGUCUGGAGGAACUUUUGGAGACAUUGCCAUCGAUGAUAUCCGGAUUAUUGAUCUGGAAGAAUUGCCCUUGAAUGAUGGAAUGGAGCACCACACAGUAAUUGAAACAAGCCCAACAACCCCGAAACAAAGUCCAACAACCCCGAAACAAAGUCCAAGAAGUAGUCCAAAAAAGCCAAAUAAAGCAAAUAACAAAAAAUCAACUAAUAAAAACACAACAACGAAAAAAACAACAUCUAUAAAGCAAAUAACAUCUACAUCAAAACCAUCAGAAAUUAAAACAUCUAAUACACCUAAGCUAAAACAGAAGCCUAAUGAAAGAUCAACCACCAUUAAACCAGUUAGAACAACAAAAACGACAACUGUACUGCAAAAAACAUCAACAUCAAAAACAUCAGAAAUAUAUUCAUCCGGUACAACUGGCCAGGAAUUAUUUUCCUACUCAUUUGAGUCAAUACCAGCAUCAACCUUACCAUCUAACCCAACAUCAACAGAGUCACCAACAAUAACCACACAAUCAACCCUAGCACCAGAAACAAUCUCCACACCAACGGCUACAAUGCCAUUGUCAUAUACAUCCAUUGGAACGACGAUACAACAAACACCAACAUCCUCUACGUCAGUCAAAACAACACAACCGUUAGAAUCAUCCCCAGCAACAACGACACAGUCAACAAUACAAACAUCUGCAUCGUCUAUACCAAACAUUACAACGCUAACGUCAAAUUCACCACAAACCACAACACGAAAAUCAACACCAGUGACAUCAGCAAGCACUACAUCCACCAGCACAAAAUUAACGUCUCAAUCAUCCACCAGCACAAAAUUAACGUCUCAAUCAUCCACCAGCACAAAAUUAACGUCUCAAUCAUCCACCAGCACAAAAUUAACGUCUCAAUCAUCCACCAGCACAAAAUUAACGUCUCAAUCAUCCACCAGCACAAAAUUAACGUCUCAAUCAUCCACCAGCACAAAAUUAACGUCUCAAUCAUCCACCAGCACAAAAUUAACGUCUCAAUCAUCCACCAACACAACUUUACUACCAACAUUUACGACGUCAUACAUAGCCAUGAGAAACUCAUCUUCCACCCCUCUUUUAUCAACGACUUACAUAACAACGGUAAAUAUCAAAGAAAGCUCCACGACUUCCUAUAAUACUGGAAAACACAACCAAAAGACAACGCCAAUGCCACCUAGCCAAAAGAAAAAUCUGAAAAAUCUAGAUUCAAAAGAAAACUCAUUGGUGCCAAUUAUUAUUUUAUGUGCGAUUGUGCUGGGCAUAUUCGUUCCAAUAAUCACAUUAAUAAUUUACAAAAGGUGUAAAACAAGAACUAGACAAAUAACGACCGAUGAAAACGCUGAGAAAGAAAACAAUGACCUAGAAGAUAGCUCCAUUGAUGACAGCAACGAAAAAAGCAAAACAAUAGAAGAAACCACAAAACAAGAAAGUAACGAUGAAACCGUUCAGGAAAAUGGUAACGACAAUAAAGACGAAAAUCAAAUAAAAGAAGACCCGGUCCCUAACCUUGAAGACACAUCUACAACCGAGACAAAGCAAGUCACUGUAACAACAUCAGCCAACGAAGAAGUUCGAGUGCAAGUCGUGGUUCAAGCUGAACUUGCUGUCGUCUCUACUGAAAAUGAAACACGUCUUGAAUCAACAAAUGCAGUAAAUGAAGACAUGCAACAAGCUAAACCUGAGGCAAGCGAAACUGUGUCUGUUACAGAAGCAGCUUUGUCUGAGCAUAAAGCUGAUGUAUUAUCAUCGAUUACAGAGGAAAAUGUUCAGGACACAGAAAAAGUUAAAGAUGAAAUUACGAUUCAGCCGGAUGAUGAAAACAAAUUGGAAAUCUUGAAAAAAGUCAAUUAAAAAAUCAUCUAAAAUGAAAAAAAAUGGCUCCAUCAGUUUAACCCUAUUUAAAAAAACACAAAGCAAAGUUUUUUCAUAAUUUUAUUGUCAAUAUGUUAUAUACGAUGUAAUUUCAUAGCAGGUUACAACCUUGUUAAUUUAGGGUGCUAAACUUUACUAUAGUAUCACUGUAACAUUAAUUAAUAAAUAUAAACGUACAAUUGAGUGUUCAUUUAAGUUACAUGAUCUAUUGCAAUUUUUAAUAUUUAUUUAAUAACUUUUUUCUUCAGCAUGUUUGGUUUUAAAAAAAAUAUAUUUAAAUUGAUGUUAGAUUGUAACGAUUCAACAGUAUACAUCUACAUUGUUGAUCAAAGGAAUACUAAUUAAGUAUAUGUGACUGAUUAAGCCCUGAGUGGUGGCAGCUAUUGUUUGCUUCCUGCAACUUGUUUAUGUUAUUUUACCGUGAUUAGUUGUUUCAAUACAAAAGAAUUAGAAAUAGGUUUUGCAUUUUUAACAAGAUAAACGCUCUGUAGCAAUAAUAAGUGCACUACGUUCGGCAAAAAAAAGUUUCAAAUAUUAGCCUGUUUUAAUAUGCAUUUAAUAAAGACAUAAAAAUAAUUAAAAAACUAUUUAAAUCUAUGUUUUUUCUAUAGAAAGUAUUAUCAAUAUUAUUAAACAUUUUCGGCGAAUAAAGAAAUUUUAACGAAUGUACAUUUACUUAUUUUUAAAAUUAGUAUGUUUUCAUUUUAAGUAAAGUUCCUAUUUCAGACCUAUCGAUCCGUAGUGUAAAUAAUUUUAUGUUUCUUGACCUUGGCAUAUGAAGGGAUGUUAUGGUCAGUAUUAUUCACAGCCGUUUUUACUUUUUCCAACGUGAGUCGGUUACCUAUCAGAGCUAGGUAGACUCAGGUGUGUCGUUAAAUCCCAAGUCCAGCCGAGAUCCGUACUCGAGACUUACGGUCUAGCAGCCGAAAGCUCUACUAUUCGACCACGCCUUCACUUUCGUUGUCAUCUUGCGUGAUACUGUUUUUUUUUACAACUGAAAAUAAAAAGUUACAAAAGAAAUAAACCACAUUGUGCACUCUGAUAAUUGCAUGUUCAAAUCAGCACAAAAAAUAAAAUUACUUUCAAAAUAAUGUUUUUGUUUAUGAAUAUCCAUUAAAAUCAAUGUCUGUUGUACAUAAUUUUAC